UUCCUGACGUCCUGUGAGGCUGAGCUGCAGGAGCUGAUGAAGCAAAUCGACCUCAUGGUGGCUCACAAGAGAGCUGAAUGGGAAAGCCAGACCCAGGCUCUGGAAGCUUGUAUCAGUGCCCGGGAGCAGGAGCUGGCCUCUGCCAGGGCUGCUCUGCAGGAGGCACAGAAGGAGGCUGCCAGCUUGCACCAGCAGCUACAGGACACGGAGAGGGGUAAACAGGACCUGGCCAGAGAGUAUCAGCAGCAGCUGAGGAAACUCCAGGAGGAGUUGUCCAGGCUGAGGAGGAGCUAUGAGAAGCUGCAGAAGAAGCACCUGAGGGAAGCUAGAGGAGAAGGUAACAAGAGCCAAGGGGAGGAGCAGCUGGAAAUGAGCCGACUGAGCAGGAAGCUGGAGGAGUUCCGUCUGAAGGCCCUGGACUGGGAAAAGCAGCGCCUGCUCUACCAGCAGCAGCUGGCAUCCCUGGAGGCACAGAGGAAGGCUCUGGCUGAGCAGUCUGAGCUCAUUCAGACCCAGCUUGCCAGUGGGAAGCAGGCUUUGGAGUCGGUGGAGCUGGCCAGCUGCUCGGAAAUCCAGCACUUAACCAGCAAGCUGGAGAGGGCCAAUGAUGCCAUCUGUGCCAACCAGCUGGAGGUGGAGAGGCUGAACAUGAGAGUGGAUGACCUGACUGAGAACAAUCAGAUGAUUCUAGAAGAUCAGCAAAGAGUUCAAGAGGAAUUAAGGCAAUCCAAGAAAAUGUUAGAGGUGCUAGAGGAGGAGAAGAUGGAACUCAGAGCCACCCUGCAGUCUCAAGAAGACUUCAUUGACAGCUCCAAGCUGCACCAGGAGCAACUGCAGAAGGAGCUGGCCAGGGUGACUGAAAAUCUUCACACCAAGGAGCUCCUCAUCAGCCUGCUGUCUUCUACUGCAAGGUGUGCAGAGCUGAGUGAAGAGCUGGAUGGCAGCACCCAAGAGCUGCAGUCCCUGCAAGAGCACCAUGCCCAGGCAAAGGCAGAGGUUAAAAAGCUGAAGGAGCAGCUCUCUCGAGCUGAACAGAUCCACAGGAGUGAGCUGGAAGGGAUGAGGAGGGAAAUCUGCAGACUGACACAGGAGCUGCACCGGCGAGAGGUCAGCAUCGCCGCCGCCAGCGGCUCCACACCAGCCCCCCAGCAGCUGAGAGCUGAGCGAGCAGAGAGGAGAGCAGUGCAGCACAGGGGAAGAGAUGUCACCUGCAGAGCACUCAGUGGAGACUGUGCUGCUGAACUGAAUCGAUUAAAGUCUGAGAACCAGCAGCUGCAGAAGGAGCUGGCAGAGGCCAGGGCAAAACUGGAACUCACUCAGCAGGUCUGCCAGGAUGAAGCCCAGGGCCCUGCUCAGCAGGUGCAAGAUGGGGCCAGGGAUGAGCAAUGCAGGACAGCUCAGGACCCCCAGCAUGAACAGGACCGACAAGCAGAGAGAGCACAUCACAAGGCUGAGGAGAAUGGUCAGCACCAGCAAGGAGGGCUCCAGGAGUGGGAGGCCGCUGAGCUAAGAAGCGUGACCCCUGCAGUGAGUGAGCUCCAGUCCCAGAGCAGCAGGAGGAGUUGCAGAGAGCCACCUGCUGUGGGCACCUUGCUGGGAAGAGAUUCUGUGCUCCAUGUGCUGGAUGGAAACAAAGGUUCUGCAGAGGAAGCAGCUGUGCAGUGCAGCUCACAGCAUCAGAGAGCAUCUAUGCCCCUGAACCCCCUGCCUAGAGCUUCACUGGGAGCAAUAGCUGCAAGGUACCUGGAAGAGGAGGAGCUGAGAUCCCAGAACAUCACUGAGUGCCUGAACAGUCACAUUGAGGAGCUGGAAAAAGCCAGUGAGGAGAUCGUGAGGCACUUCAGACAGCAGUGAUGCUGCUUG